UGAUGGAAAACAUGGCUUCCUUUCGUUUUAACUUUGGAAGUAACGAAAUUAAUGAAAAUAGCUCGCAAUUGGACUCACAAGAGGAUGAUUUGACACCAGUGGAGGCUAAAGAAGUUUCUACAUCACGACAUAUUGUAUACCAAAGCGAUAAUGUGGAUAAAAUURACAUAAAUGGGACAGCAUURCUCUACGUGAAUCUGCARCACRUUGAAGAAUCACUGAAGAAAUCCAGUACUAUACUCGAUGCCUCGUCGUCUAACUCUGACCUUGUKCCAGCUGUGUAUGAAGGAGGACUUAAAAUAUGGGAAUGCACUGUAGAUUUGAUCGAAUAUUUAAACGAAAUGAAKAUYAUUUUCMAAGAUAAACGAGUUUUAGAGCUUGGAUGUGGUGCAGGUUUGCCUGGAAUUUAUUCCCUGAAACAUGGUGGGUCUGUUGAUUUUCAAGAUUAUAACGAUGAAGUUUUGGAACAUUUUACAAUUCCUAAUKUAUUCCUGAAUAUCCAGGAWGUUWAUCCAAAGUCAACAUACGAUGAAACCAAAGACCUGGUUUUCAAAAGAUGUCACUUCUAUGCAGGGGAUUGGAAAUUAUUAACAAGUUUUAUCAACCCAGAAAACAACCCAGAUGGAUUCUAUGAUAUAAUAUUAACAUCAGAAACUAUCUAUAAAGUUGAUAAUUAUCAUAAACUCCUUGAUUUCUUUGAAAAACAUUUACGAUACCCUGACGGCAUUGUCUAUGUUGCUGCAAAAACUCAUUACUUUGGGGUGGGCGGUGGUACACRAUCUUUUGAAGAAUGUGUGAAGAAGAGGAAAGGCUUUAACAUUUCUGUUUGUAGGAGAUUUUCUGAAGGGUUACAAAGGGAAAUAUUGAAGAUUGAAUGGAACAAAAAUAAAAUUUGAUUAAUUUGUC